AGGAAUAGUAGGAACACCACCGAGACUGAUGGUGGCGCUGUAACAACUAUUUCCUUAAAUAUUUCCUUAAAGGUCAGCCAUUGUCUUUUUGUUUGUUUCCGGGUAACGCGCAGGAGAAGCGCUUUCCCUCGCUUAAGAUGCCGAAGUUUUAUUGUGAUUACUGUGAUACCUACCUAACUCACGACUCGCCGUCUGUAAGAAAGACGCACUGUAGUGGCCGUAAGCACAAGGAGAAUGUGAAGGACUACUACCAGAAGUGGAUGGAGGAGCAGGCACAAAGUCUCAUUGAUAAGACGACGGCUGCCUUUCAGCAGGGGAAGAUUCCCCCAUCUCCGUUUCCUGGAGCGCCACCCCCUGGUGGAGCUAUGCUUCCCCCUCCCACUCUUAAUGGUCCACCUCGGCCAGGCAUGUUGCCAGCGCCCCCUAUGGGUGGUCCUCCCAUGAUGCCCAUGAUGGGUCCACCGCCACAUGGCAUGAUGCCUGGGGGACCAGGCCCUGGCAUGCGACCACCAAUGGGCGGCCCCAUGCCGAUGAUGCCCGGCCCACACAUGAUGCAGCCACCCGCUCGACCCAUGAUGCCACCUGUUAGACCCGGCAUGGUGCGACCAGACAGAUAAGCCGUCGGUGUGAUGAGCUCCCUCCUUUCCCAUCACCUGUGUUCUCUGCGUAGACAUUUUUUUAGCAUAAUAAACUUUUUUUCAGAUUCCUGUAAUUGUGGCUGUAUUUGGCCUUUCAUACAUUUUGUGACGUUAUAAAACUGCAGUAAAUAAUAAAUGGGCAAAUAGAGCGUGUUUUUCACGUACACUGAACUUGACUGCCUCAGGCAGUGCACCUUUUCAUGAUAUGGUUAAACUAGUUAAUGACAUCUUGUGUAAAUACGUCUAUCAUGUUGUGCCUCAGAUGUUUAAAAAUCAUCAUUAAUAUAAGGUGCAACUUGUCUUUAGGAAGGUGACUGUAUAAUAACUAAUAGGUUUGUUUUUCUUUUCUAUUUUUCUCCCUUUGACCACCUUCCCCCCUCCCCUUCAUUGGACCUGGGUGCAAACACAUUGUAGAUUGUGCAUAAAUCCAUAGGUCUGCCAUGAAAAUCUGCUUAGGUCCUAGUCAGAUGUCACAUUAUCACUUAAAUCUCCAUAUUUGUGCAGUUUCUAUGAAGGCCACAAACCUUAUUAAAUGUUUGUUUUUCAUAUAUAUUAACUUGAGUUUGGCUGUUUUGAUAAUUGAUUAAUCAUAUGAUCAAGUGAUCAGUAUGUCAAUUAGUUGGCCAAAAUGGAGGGAUUAAAUACCGUAUUUAAAAGAACAUUGAGAGGCAGUCGCAGUUUUAAUAAAACCUUGGUGUCAGAGUGGCAUAGGAACAAAGAUCCGUCUUCACCAUAUGGAGCUAGUCUAUGGUUGUUCUUAAUACCGUUGUAUAUGAUGAUAUUUUCAAAACCGAUGCUGUUCCAGCAUUUUGAAAUAAAUUUUGCUGAGCUUGGGUGGGAUUUAUUUUGUCACCAAAACUUCAAAAUAUUGCAGUAUAUUGUAUUACUGUAAUGCUCCUCAAGCGCAGUGACACUUUCAAAACUGUUCAUAAAAGUUUGCCCAUUUCA